AUGUCGAGCAUUAUCCUCGUUCGUGAUACGGAGGAACGCGAAAUUCAAUUCGAAUGGACCUGGCACCCUAGUGAAACGAUCACCGAUGCCUCGGCGAGUACUUCUUGGCAGGCCGUCCAUCUACUGUUCAAAGAGAUAACACGGUCUGUGGGGUUUCAAUGGCCAUCGCACCAGGACUCGCGUCUUUUCAUCCAGCUAUCUUCUCAGGAGCAUCAUCCAAUCCAGCCCCAGCAGUGGGGAUCGGAAGAAGCUCUUCGAUUGCUCCCCGACUGCCUCUCUGCUGCCACCGACGAACAGGGCACGGCCCUCAGUCUGGUGGUUCCACAAUGCCCUGGCUAUAUCGUACGCCCCGAUAUAAUCCCGUUACGUUUACUCGACUGUCCGCUAGUCGCACGCGUCUCCAGCUUCGCGACACUUCAGCACCGCUUCGAGAGUGAACCGCUGCUCCUGGACCACCCUGCGUCUCUUCCAAGCGUCUUCGCCGUCUCUACUGGCGGCAUCAUCGUGGAGCGGCCGGGAACCGUUGAUCGCCUUCACACCUGGGAUGAGCAAUUUGCCGCACUCGACCAGGAGAUACGCAAUCGUUUGUCGUUUCCCUGGCUUGCGGCGGAAGGCUGUCACAUUGUGCGCGAGCAUGGGCUGGCCUCCGUCAAUACAUUCAUCGAGCUAGCAAACGUGCUUCCGUCCAAGCUGCCAGAGGCCGAGCUGACGAUGCUGGGAGAGGCCCUCACGAGGAGCCUGCAACGGAUGGGCUUUUCGGAUGGCUUCUAUCACCUCGAAGCCAGGGUAGAGAACUCGCGCAUGCACUACGCAGUGGACAGUCGCACCGGCGUUCUCGACCUCACCGAGCGAGAUCGCCCGUCCCCGGGCGCCCCGUCAGCCUGGCUGAUUGAAGUCAAUCCGCGCCCGCCCGGGAUCCAGGCCUCGGCGGCGGUCAAGCACACGUACGGCAUUGAUUACUUUGCGCUAGCGCUGCUGUUCGCGCUGGCUGACAAGGAGAGAGUGCGGCAACUCUCGCAUCCCUUUUUGCAGGGUCCGCAGUACUGGUGCGAGAUGGUGUUUAUCCCUGUUGAGAAAGGCGGGGUGUAUGACUCCGGGGAUGUGUGCGAGGAGCUACGGGAGAGGCGUCGUAGCGGGGUGCUCAGGCCCGCGCGCUGA